CGGAGCAAAAGAAAAUAGUGGCGCUUCGCUGUCCUGCUUCCCAGCCGCUUUUCCUUUUCCUCGCAUGCUUUUUCACUGCAGUCGACUCGUCCGCGCCGGCUUCCUCCUCCAGCCCUCUUUUUUUUUUUUCCUAUUUAUGAAAACGUCACUUCAAGUCCCUCCCUGUUUGAAUCUCAUUAAGUUUUCUUGUGUGUUUCUCCCUGUCAAUAAUCCCUGAAUCCAGACUCUCUCUAUUUCCAUCCCUCUCUAUCUGUCAAUCAGCGCCGCCUUUGAACUGAAAACCACUCCGACCAACUUCAACUCACUCAAUCCGUGCGGCUGAGCUCCAUCUCCGGCUUCUUUUUCUGCCAAGAUUCCCUUCUUUUUUAGUUUCUACUUCACCGCCAGUGCUUGGAAAACGCCAGUACAGACCCUAAACUUAAACUCGGAUUCUAGAUCACCAAGAUCAAGGGUUUAAAACUUUGUGUUUUGUCCCCCAAAAUUGCUCGGGAACAUGCCGCAGCUCAACGGCGGUGGAGGGGACGAUUUGGGUGCGAACGAUGAGAUGAUUUCCUUCAAAGACGAAGGGGAGCCGGAGGAGAAGAUCUCGGAGAACUCCUCGGCAGAAAGGGAUUUAGCAGAUGUCAAAUCUUCUCUUGUGAAUGAAUCAGAAACGCAUCAAAACAGCUCGUCAGAUUCAGAGGCGGAAAGACGGCCUCCGCCUCGAUCAGAAACUUUCAGAGACAAAACGAGAGAAAGUUUAGAGGAGGCUGCGAAAAGGCAAGAUGGAGGUCUGUUCAAGACCCCACCGUACCCGGGCUACCCAUUUAUAAUGAUCCCCGAUCUCACGAGCACGUAUCUGCCCAAUGGAUCACUUUCCCCAACAGCACGCACAUACCUACAGAUGAAAUGGCCUCUUCUAGAUGUACAACAAGGCCUCCAAAGUCAAAGACAGGCUCUUAAAGAUGCCAGGUCUCCAUCUCCGGCACACAUCGUUGGACCAUUCUGCUUGGAGUUCAGCGGGCAGUCAGAUCUGAGCCUUCACCAAUUUCAGUUGUCUAAUAAGGUUCCAGUGGUACAGCACCCUCACCAUGUGCACCCGCUCACGCCUCUGAUAACCUACAGCAAUGAGCACUUCACACCCGGGAACCCCCCGCCGCACCUACAGGGGGACGUGGACCCCAAAACAGGAAUCCCAAGGCCUCCACAUCCUUCAGAUAUAUCCCCAUACUACCCUCUGUCUCCGGGCGCCGUGGGGCAGAUCCCCCAUCCGCUAGGGUGGCUAGUACCACAGCAAGGUCAACCUGUUUAUCCCAUCACAACAGGGGGGUUCAGACACCCCUAUCCCACCGCACUCACUGUCAACGCAUCCAUGUCAAGUCUUCUGUCCUCCAGGUUCCCCCCCCACAUGGUGCCCCCCCACCACAGUUUGCACACCACGGGCAUCCCUCACCCCGCCAUCGUCACGCCCAACGUCAAGCAGGAGUCCUCCCACAGCGACAUCAGCUCCCUUAACAGCUCCGCUCGGUUCCUAAGCUCGCUCCAUCCCUUCGCCACCUGCAGGAAACACUCAGACGCCAAGAAGGAGGAGGAGAAGAAGAAGCAGCCUCACAUCAAGAAGCCUCUGAACGCCUUCAUGCUCUACAUGAAGGAGAUGAGGGCCAAGGUGGUGGCAGAGUGCACGCUGAAGGAGAGCGCUGCGAUCAACCAGAUCCUGGGCCGGAGGUGGCACGCCCUAUCGCGGGAGGAGCAGGCAAAGUACUAUGAGCUGGCGAGGAAGGAACGGCAGCUGCACAUGCAGUUGUACCCAGGCUGGUCAGCGCGAGAUAACUAUGCGGGUAACCAACAGGGGAAAAAGAAGAAGAGGAAAAGGGAGAAGCAGCAGGCUGAGGGCAACGAACACAGAGAAUAUUUUCCAAACCCUUGCCUUUCACUCCCUCCGAUUACAGACCUGAGCGCACCCAAGAAGUGCCGAGCGCGCUUUGGGCUCGACCAACAGAAUAACUGGUGUGGCCCGUGCAGGAGAAAAAAAAAGUGCAUCCGCUACAUCCAAGGAGAGGGUAGCUGUGCCAGCCCUCCCUCCUCAGACGGAAGUCUGAUCGACUCCCCCCCCUCCUCCCCCUCCUCCGUGGCCCCCUCCCCCUCCUCCAAGGAGCCCAGACCUCAGCAGACUGAACAAAUGCAACCGCUCUCACUGACUAUGAAACCGGCCCACCCGCCGCUCCACCCCCACCCCCACCUGGCCCACCACCCGCACCACCCGCACCACCACCACCACCACCACCACCCGCACCUCCAUCACCACCUCCACCACCAUCUCCUCGCCGGGCCCCCGCACCCAUCUUUGCUCCACCUGGACAAGGCGCCGGGCUCCCGCGGCUCCCACGGCGGCGGCGGCGGCGGCGGCGGCAGCGCCUCCUCCUCCUCCUCCUCCUCCUCCUCCUCCACCUCGCCCCACCACAGAGCCCCGGAGCGCGGCGACGUCUCGUCAUCACGGCCGCCGGGCUCCUCCUCCACCACCUCCUCCUCCUCCUCCUCCAAGACGGCGGCGGCGGCGGCGGCUGCGGCGGCCUCCUCCUCCUCCUCCUCUUCGUCUUCGUCGCUGGCGCGCCCGUCUGCCUCGCUGUGCCACCCCCACAUGCUCCUGGCCAACGCCGGCCAGCCGCUGUCGCUGGUUACCAAGCCCCCCAGCCUAUAGGACCGCCCCCCCUUCCUCCUCCCCCCUCCUCUUUUCUAGACCCCCCCCCCCCCCCCCCCAUCGCCUCCUUUUUUAACCUUUCUGUGCCACGGUGGCUUUGAAAUUUUAGGGUUUUGUGUUAUGAUAAAAGUUCAUUGGUCAAUAUUUGACCCCUCAUUAUCGAAAAAAAAUAUAUAUAAUUAUAAAGAAAUAAUAAUAACAAUGAGCUGAAGCAUAGCUUUGUGAAUCUGCCAAAAUGUGUAUGAUUUCUGUUUUGUUUUGUAGUUUUUUUCCGUGUGCGGAGGAUAGCCCAGUUUCCCCUUUCACCCAGAGUAGUUUAGCAGACGGAUCCACACGACGGUAGGCUAGGUUAUUCAGCGAGCCCUUUUCUGGAAAGAGUUGGUUCUCCUUUUUUAUUUGUAUUAAAUACGAGCUUGCGAACCAAUCAUUGGAGACGUCCUGGGGGCGGCCCGGCGAGCAGCUUCCCCUCCCGGAGAAACGACAACUUUAUUGUGAUGAUGUAACUUGUUCUUGUUUAAAUGUACAGAAAUAUUUGACGGGGUGGGCGGGGCUUACUGUGUUUAAUAUGCAUUGUUCCAUUGCGUUGUCUGUUUUUUUGUUUUUUGUUAAUGACCUUUUGGGAAGGGAAGGGGCGGAGUUAGAGUUGGGUUAGGGAGGGGUGGGUGGGUCGGGGAGAUUGAGGUUUUAAAAUCGAAAAAUGUCACAACGCUAGGAUCAGUAGUAUUUAUUGCUUUAGAGAUUUGCUUGUUGUAUCUUGUACGUGUCCCUUUUACGGCAUUUUUUUUUUUUUUCGUUUCCUAAUACAUUGUACAAAUAUUUUUCUUAAGCUAAGCGACUUCUAUAUGAAUGAUUUUGUUUUUAUGAGGAGGCUUCAGAAAGGCCAGGAGGCCCCGAGAACGGCUGGACUCCACCCUCUGUGCUGUGUAUAAAAACCUCAUGAACACUCAGUAUGCACAACGGCUCAGUUUCAACCCAGACGGGCCCCGAGACGAGCCCCGCGCGGAACAGCCGGGACCCCCAAGGGGCGGCAGCCAGCCUCUGGUCAGAAACACUAAAGUCCAAACCCCCUUCGUCCUCUUCUUUUCAAUCCAGCAGUCAACCAUCCCCCCCUCUCCCCCCCUCACCCAGCCCCCAACCCCCCCCACCCUGACUGUAGAUGCGUGUACAGAUUUUUUUCCGUGCCAAACUUUGUGAUAAUUUCCUCUCACCGCAGAGCCAGCUUGUUCUUCCGUUGUCUUCUGUUCAUUUCGCCCCCUCUCCAUCCUUUUCUGUGACGUUACAUAGGUUGCUAUGUAUGUAGUAUAAAUGUUGCUAUAACAAAUGUGUUUGGUAGCAGAUUGUCAAAUAUUAAAAAUUUUAACUUAAUAAAAAGACAAAACACCAUACUGUAUAAUAAAAAAAACCCACCAAGGGCCAAAUUAUGUACAUUAGGAAGUUCAUAAAAAAACCUUAUGAAAUGCAAAAAAACUCAAACUGCCACUUUUAAGUCCACUACUACAUGUAGGUAGCUAGAAACUCAUAGGCAUGUUGAUGUUGAUGCAAGAGGCUGUUAAAAAAUUUAAAAAAGAUGAAAAAAAAAAAAGAAGUGUCCAAGAGGUCCAUCCCCACGGUGCCAUCGUAGUUGACACGCGCCACUGUAAGCUGUCCGUUUCCUCAUCGCUGGUUUAUUAAAAAUGCUUAUGAUAAAUAGUUUGAAUGUUUCCUCAACGGCUGUGAUGUUGCUGUUCUACUUUAUGCUCUUAUAUUUUCCUUUGUUUGUUUUCUCCUGUUCUUUUCAAUGGUUUUUGUAAUGAAUAAAUGUUUAUGCUGUACAGUCUCUGUAGCAUGCAGUUCUGUAUUAAUAAAAGCGACUUAGUAUGUGCA